UCUGCACCAACAUGUCCACCGAACCGGACUAUGACGUCAUAGUGAUCGGAGCCGGGGUCCAGGGCUCUUUCACGGCCUAUCAGCUGGUCCAACGGAACCAGAGGACCCUACUACUGGAACAGUUCGUCCUUCCCCACACCAGGGGCAGCUCCCACGGACAGACCCGCAUCAUCCGGAAGGCCUACCCCCAGGACUUCUACACCCACAUGAUGGACGAGUGCUACGAGCUGUGGGCUCAGCUGGAGAGGGAGGCCGGCGUCCGACUGUACAGACAAACAGGUCUGUUGGUGAUGGGUCCAGAGGACAGUCAGAGUUUCCAGAACAUCAAGAACACUCUGGAGAAAAACCAGGUUCCGAUGGUGGUUCUGACCCCAGACAACUUCAGCCGACACAUCCCCAACGUCAGGCUGGCGGACGGAGACGGAGCGGUGGUGGACGUAACGGCAGGAGUUCUGUACGCGGACCGGGCCCUGAAGACCGCACAGGAUCAGUUUCGGAAGAUGGGCGGGGUCAUCAGGGACCAGGCCCGGGUGACGGACAUCCAGCCCGGGCCCGUGGUCACAGUGACCACCUCUGCAGGAGUCUACCGAGCCAAGAGCCUGGUCAUCACGGCCGGACCCUGGACCGGCAGAGUUCUGGACCACGUCAACCUGCAGCUGCCACUGGAGGUGGUGAAAAUAAACGUGUGCUACUGGAAGGAGAAAUGUCCUGGAACGUACGCCGUGACCAAACGCUUCCCCUGUUUCCUGGUGACGGAGUGUGAGGAGUCCAAAGACGACAUCUACGGCCUGCCGUCCAACGAAUACCCCGGACUGAUGAAGAUCUGCUACCAUAUGGGCAGUACGACCGACCCAGAGCAGAGAGACAAGCAGACAGACAGGUCGGACAUCCACAUCCUGCAGCGCUACGUGGCCCGCUGUCUACCAGGUCUGGACCCUGAACCUGCUGUGGUGGAGAGCUGCAUGUACACGCUGACUCCAGACCAUCAUUUCGUGCUGGACUACCACCCGGAGCACAGGAACAUUGUGAUUGGAGCAGGAUUCUCAGGACAUGGUUUCAAAUUCGGGCCCAUCGUUGGGAAGCUGCUGUGUGAGCUCAGCCUGGGAGAAGUGCCCUCCUACGACCUUUCACCUUUCAGAAUACGACGGUUCCAGGGGAUGUCCCAGUCGUCUUUAUAAAGGCUGGAUGUGGGGGAUGUCCCAGUCGUCUUUAUAAAGGCUGGAUGUGGGGGAUGUCCCAGUCGUCUUUAUAAAGGCUGGAUGUGGGGGAUGUCCCAGUCGUCUUUAUAAAGGCUGGAUGUCGUGGGUCCGUACGUCUGUCCAGGCCCAGGACGACGUUCAGUCCCACAGAUCAGACUCUUCCACCCAGCGGUGUUUGUUUUUUUCUUUAAAGACAAACUACCUUCACAGAAAUGGCUUUAAGCCGACGGUCUAAUGAAAAUGGCAAGUAGUAAUAAAAAGAUCCACACAUACUCACCGGUGUCAUGAAAAGACCUCACAUCUCAGUGGUUUCCAGCCUUUUUUUACUCCUGACCCCAUUUUAACGUCACAAA